CAAAACGUCGCAACCAUGUCAUCUCGUGUCGCAGUGGUUACAGGUGGUAACAAGGGCAUUGGGUUCAGCAUAGUCAUCCUGUGUCAACAGUUUGAUGGAGAUGUUUUUCUGACUGCCAGGGACGAGACGCGUGGGAAGGCAGCGGUGGCAGAGCUCAACAAGCAGCUGCUGCGCCCAAAGUUCCACCAGCUGGACAUUGAUGACCUUGACAGUAUUCAAAGACUUCGCGACUUCCUCAAGAGCACUUACGGUGGCCUGGAUGUACUUGUGAACAAUGCUGGCAUUGCCUUGAUGGUCAACUCCACAUCCCCAUUUGCAGAGCAAGCAGAAGUCACUGUGAAGACAAACUUUUUCGGCACACUCAAUGUCUGCAAGGAGCUAUUCCCUUUGUUACGCCCACAUGCCAGGGUGGUGAACUUGAGCAGCGAAUAUGGUAUGCUUAAAAGGAUUCCUGGAGAAGAGGUGAGGAAGAGACUCAGCAACCCUGACAUUACUCUGGUGGAACUGUGCGGCCUCAUGAAGGAGUUUGUGCAGGCUGCAAAAGAUGGCAGGAGUGAUGAAAUGGGUUGGGGGCACUCUACCUACGAUGUGUCCAAGGUUGGCAUCACUGUGCUGAGCUUCAUCCAGCAGCGUGAAUUCAAUGCAGACCCUCGUGAAGAUCUUGUCGUAAAUGCUGUACACCCAGGCUAUGUUGACACAGACAUGUCAAGGCAUUUGGGGCCUUUGACUCCUGACCAAGGUGCUGAUGCUCCAACAUAUUUGGCUCUUCUUCCCCCAAAUAUCAAAUCGCCCAAAGGAGAGUUUGUUUGAAAUGACCGCACGGUGACCCCAUGGGACAAGUAACAGCAGAAGCCAUCAAUGUUGGGACCAGUGGCAUUGCACUUUCGCAUUAAGGAACUCGCUAGCCUGUUUUGUAUUUGCAGGCCUGACACUGAGCCUCUGAACAAAAAGAAGAAA